AUGUCUGUUGAUGAACACGAAGUGGACUUGUUAGACUUAUCAAGUCCUGACGGUAAACCGUCGAAUUCGUCUAAUAAUUUGGUCCAAAAGCCUUCCAAUGUCGUAGAAAAUGGAUGUAAACCAAAGCAUGAAAGCGAUCCUACUCUUUCAGUGUCACCUAUCAAAGAACAGUUAUUAUUACAAUUAGAUGUCACCCAGGCUCGUCUUGUUAAAAAUUAUGGUUUACUCCCUAUGAAUCUUUACUGUCGAAUUCGCAUUGGGGAUGCCAUCUUCGAGACUCAGACUGCACUUUCAUCUGGAAAACAUCCUUUUUGGAAUGAAACCUUCCAAUGUUGGUUACAUAGUGCUGUUGACAGAUUAACAGUAGAAGUGUUUUCAGAAAAUGUCUUAUUUUCCGAUUCACAAGUUGCUAAUGCUGUGAUAAUUUUCCCUCCAUCUUUAUUUGAUGGUGUUGCUUUAAAUCAAUGGUAUUCGCUCAGUGGAAAACAAGGAAAAGAUUUAGAAGGUUCAAUUAAUCUGGUUUUCCGUUGUCGAAAAGUACCAGUAAACCUUCCAGUUUUACAGUCCAGUCCAUUAUAUUGUCAACCGAGAUUAGGUGAAAUCGGUGGUAUGAACGUAUUACCUAAACCAAUAUCUGCUGAAGAUGUUCAAUCUAUACAUGAAAUUUUCCCAUCUGUUGAAGAUGAUACAAUUCAAUCACUUUUAACAACACAUCAUGGAAAUCGAGAAAUUGUUAUCAAUGAACUACUUCGUAUGACAUCAGAAACUUAA